AUGGAACGGAGGCAAACGAUUGUGGAGUUGCUGCAAUUGCAGUAUGAUGCCAUGGAAAGAUUUGCCAAUGCUCAAGCUAGGCUAUUAAACGUUUCUUCAACUCACGCUGCUUCGACAGUAGCUGAAUCAUCGGCCGAAGACAUGGAGGACGCUCUUAGCUCAAUAAAUAAGGUUCGAAAUCGGCUUCGAUCGAACUUGAAGCAACUGGAGCAGGACGAAAAAUUUUGCAAACUACAUCCCAAGCACCUCGCACUAAGUCAGAGGGUUGCACAAACCAUAGCCUCCAAUCCAUCGUGGCAUACUAACGGAUUGCCGAGCCAUACUACGGGCAUUACAGAAACAAAUACAGUUGCACUGGCUACGCUGCGAGCAUCAAUUGAGCGAAUAAAUGAAGCCGAAAGGGAUAGGGUUGCAGCUUGA